AUGCUGGUAUUGGAAACAGAAGCAGUUGCUUGGCCCGUGCCGCCCAACACACGAGAAAAAAAAAAAAAAAAAGCCCUUAAAACAUCCCGUUUUCCGCCGUCUCGCAACCGCCACAACGACGACACCACCACCCAGCCCACCCAGCCCACCUCCGCGCCCGGAGCGCGCAGCCCGCCGCGCCCCGGCCCCGGCACGAUGUCCGGCGCGCUCGCGGGGCGCACCAUCAACCAUGAGCUCGAGAAGGGCCGCGUGGAGCCCACCAAGGUCCGGCGCUACUGGCCGGGCCGCGCGCCGGAGUGGGCGCUCAACGAGGACGACGAAGUGGUCCUCCAGCAGCAGCGGCGCGACUCCGUGGCGGCGCCGGUCGUGGUGUCCAAGGCCGACCCGCGGCUGAGGCGCCUGGCGGAAGCCUCCGCGGCGAAGGCCGAGGAUGGGGAGCCGUGGCACCGGCGGGUGAAGCCGCGGCUGGAGGGCAGCAGCGAUGAGGAGGGAUCGGGGGAGGGGGAGGAGGAGGAGGAGGAGGAGGAAGAGGAGGAGGAUCUGGCCGUGGACGAGGUCACGCUGCUGGAUCGGAGGGCCGCCAUGAGGCAGAGGUUGCUACAAAUUCGCCAGGAAGAGGAGGACCAGCUACCACAGCAAGAGGAGGAUAUUGAGGAAGAGGAGGGGGAUGACGAAUCUGAAUAUGAAACAGAUUCGGAAGAUGAACGGUUUGGUCGCAAGUUAAUAAAGCCUGUUUUUGUGCCAAAGACAGAGAGGGAGACGAUUGCAGAGCGCGAUAGAGUACAGCAGGAAGAGGAGCUGAGAUGGAAGCGUGAACAGCAGGAGAUUGAGGAAAGAAAGAUUGAAUCAAAGGCCUUGGUGCUGGAGCUCAUUCGACAAGAGGACUCUGCCGCAAAGUCCCAGGCAGAUGGCCCAAAGUCUGCAAACGACGUGGACACCGAUGAUGACAAAGAAGAAGAGAAAGAAUUUGAAACUUGGAAGAUCCGUGAGUAUGCACGACUCAAGAGGGAUCGUGAUGAGCGUGAGUUGGACCAGAAGAUGGCCGCCGAGCGUGCAGAGCUCAAUGCCAUGACUGAGGAGCAGCGGAGAGCCUGGGAUCGGGCAAAUCCUAAGGUGCUGAAGAAGGCACCAAAGAAGAAGUGGAAGUACCUGCAGAAGUAUUGGCACAAGGGUGCAUUCUUCCAGGACACCCCUGAUGACCCAAUGGGCACCACGAAGGCAGAUGACAUCUUCAUGCGGGACUUCUCUGCACCCACUGGAGAGGACCUUUUCGACAAGACUAGCAUGCCAAAGGUCAUGCAGGUCAAGAGCUUUGGCCGGUCGGGCCGCACCAAGUGGACCCACCUUGUCAAUGAGGACACGACAAAUUUUGACGACCCCUUUUUGGGCGCUGUGAACGAUGCGCAGCGCAUGCAGUACAACAAAAAGAGGGCAGCAAUGGGGCAGGAGUUUACGGCUCCCAAAAAAUUCAGGAGGUGA